UUUUGGGGUUUGUUGCAUCUUCGCUUUGACCGGAUGUGGCGGAGUGGUGAAUAGGAAUUGCACCUUUGUGAGGAAUACAGGAUUUCCAGGAGCGGAUACAAAUAAUGCCAGAACGUGUUCCGUCACGCUCAACCGGUUUGUGGACAAUGUGUGUCAAAUCCGACUGGAUUUUCAACCUCUGACGCAGCUUCCACUAGGAACAAUUGCAGGCUCUUGUGGUGGAACAGGAGACAGCCUAUCCGUGAUCAGCCCUCAUUCCUCUUCGCGAAGCGCUUUUCCACCGGCAAUCUGCGGCACUCUCACCGGUCAACACAUGUACUUCGAGAGUGGUCGAAUGGGCAGCACGGCGGGCCAGAUUGACAUUCUCCAAGGAUCGGGAAUGGCCGAGCGACGGUACAACAUCAAGGUGUCGUACAUUCCUUGCGACAGCCGAGUUCGGGCUCCGAGUGGAUGUACUCAAUUCUUUACGGAAGACACGGGAACAAUUUCGUCGUACAAUUUCGCUGGUGGCCAAUUGUUGGGCGAUCAAAUCUACGCCAACUGUAUUCGUCAGAAUGAAGGUUUUUGCCGGGUGCAAUACUCCGAAAGUGCGAUCGGUGCUCCUGAUCCUUUCGAUUUAGAUCAGGCUCAGCCCACAGCAUCCGUCACGGAUAACUGCAUGAGCCUAAAUCAUGUCACUAUCCCAAGUUCGGUGCUUGAAGUACUAAUGACAGGCGCUGGAAACUCAGACACCGUUACGAUUGUCCCCUCCAUGAGAUGCAACACCAUUUUUGGAAGCGAUCCAGGAUCCACUGUCCCCAGCACUUUGACGUCCUUGGCAAAUGUUCCAUUCGUGGUGAAUUUGCGAACCUUGCCCAGUGACAGUGGCAGAUUGGCCUCGCGCUCAGGAUUCAGCUUGGAUUAUUCACAAGUGCCCUGUUAGGAAGUGUAAAUAUCGACGAUUUUGUUAUUGUAUUUGAGUGAGCUUUUAAUGUCAACUGCUAAUAAAUCUGCUACUAUCCAUUGCUAA